UGCUGUAUGAGCUGCUGUUUCAUGCUAACACUGUGUGUACGCAAGUGAUUCGUACGGGACACCAGCUUCAUGUGGAACUAUCAUCACACGUGUGUACAGUGACCCUUCCUGGUGGCCUUUGCUCUCACUGGGCCAUUUAAUGUGGUCAGCCGUGUAGUGGUGUUGUGUGUCGUUCCCACACCCCCAUACUGUGAUAAAACAGUACACAUGUCAGUGUGACUGGUACAGUUACCUUCAGUGUUGUGAGUGUGGGUGUUAUGCCCUGGGAGCGUCCAGGGCGACACAGGUGCUGGAGUGUGUAGAAAACUCCACAGUGUGCUGGUGGUGGUCGCCUGCCCAUGGCUACUGACCGACUACCCAUAUACACUGCUACUUAACAUCUUCCUAUCUUUCUUCUCCGCUGAGCAAGAUGGCUUACGAGGAAAUGAGCAGAUACCUGGACUUCCGGGCACUACUGGAGCCCGGGACCAGGUUCACCCUCACCCGUGUCAUCGCCACCGGCACCUACGGCGAGAUCUACGAGGCCACCGACACCGAGAAUGAUAAUCGUAAGGUGGCGGUGAAGAUUAUCGACAACAUCAAGGAGAACUUGGAGGAGAUCGAGGAAGAAUUUCGCGUUCUCGCCGAGCUCUCCCUCCACGAGAACUUUCCACAGUUCGCCGGCAUAUUCCUCAAGAAGUCCAGCAACCUCGAGGACCACCAAAUAUGGUUCGUCAUGGAGUUGAUGACACACGGAUCAGUGUCGGAGUUGGCCCGCGCCUACAAGAAAAGGGAGGAGAGGAUGUCCGAGAGCCUCAUUGCCUACAUCCUGAAAGAGAUUUUAACGGCGGUGCAGCAUCUCCAUCAGGCUCACGUAAUGCACAGAGACGUGAAGGGGAUGAACGUCCUCAUCACCGACGAGGGCAAGAUCAAGCUCGUCGAUUUUGGUCAGUGUGGCCACCUGGACUCGACAAUGGCCAAGCGGAACACGGCGGUGGGGACCCCUUACUGGAUGGCUCCUGAGGUGAUCGAGUGUGAGCAGAAGGCAGACCAGGAGUACGACAACCGCUGUGAUGUGUGGGCCCUCGGCAUCACGGCCAUCGAGCUUGCUGACGGUGACCCGCCCUACGCUGACAUCCACCCGGUGCGCGCCCUCUUCCAGAUCGUAAGGAACCCUCCUCCUGUCUUAAAGAGAUCUUCCGACUGGUCUCAGGACUUCAUCGAUUUUAUAUCAGAAUGCUUGGUGAAGACGCCCGACCACCGGCCCGUCUUGAUAGAAGUGAUGGAGCAUCCCUUUAUCACCUCAGUGCCCGAGGACCUUACCGAGGUGAGGAAGACUCUGUUGGAGGAGCGAGCGAGGGUCCUGGGUGGGGGCUACGUGCCAGAGCGACCCUUGACUGCCAUCGCUCGCCAGGGCUACCUCAAGACUGAGCGUCGAGGGAAACCCCAGAAGAUGGUCACCGACGACCUCGCCUCUCUUGAGUUCUUCAACGAUGAGUUGGUGGUGGAGACGCUUUACUCGAGGUGGACAAAAGGCAAGAUCUAUACGUGGGUGGCUGAUGUGCUCUUGGCCGUCAAUCCCUUCUCUGAAAAGUGCAAGUACGACGAAGAGGUUCAGGUGAAGUACAAGUCCAAGUCCCGGAGUCAGAACGACCCUCACAUAUUCGCCCUGGCUGACAGGGCCCACCAGGACAUGAUGCAUCACAAGGAACACCAGACUAUCGUCCUCACCGGAGAGUCCGGCAGCGGCAAGACAUACAACUUCCAUCAACUCAUCAAUCAACUCUGUUACAUUGGUUGUAGUAACCCGGGUCUCAUCGACAAGAUCAAGAAGGUGUGCAUCGUACUGGACGCAUUUGGUAAUGCCGUCACCCAGCUCAACCCAGACUCCACCCGCCACACCCGAUACUUCGACCUCACCUUCUCCAAGACAGGCAAAGUCUCUGGUGCCAUCGUCUGGCUCCUCAUGCUCGACAAGUUUCGCGUCACCGAGAGGCCCAGGUCCGAGGGCAACUUUCACAUGUUCUACUAUUUGUACGAUGGCCUCUCCCAGAGCUCCCGGCUAGCCCGCUAUGGCCUCAAGCUGGGCAGGAAAUACUAUUACUUGGGCAAACACCCCUACGACAACGAGGUCACCAAUGCUCAGAGGUUCACCAAGGUCGAGGAGGCCCUUCAGACGAUUGGUUUCACGGAACGGGAGAUACACACCAUCUACCUGGUGUUAGCUGCCAUCCUUAACCUGGGUAACAUUGACUUCACGGGAGACAAAGAAGCGUCCAUUGUGGACAUGGAGCCUGUCAAGGAAGUGUGUCGGCUGCUGGACGUGGAGGAGAAGAAGCUGUGCUGGGCGCUGUGUAACUUCUGCCGGGUAAAGGACGACCAAACGGUAGAGUCUGCCAAGAGGUCGCAGGAUGAGGCUGAACUAAGCAAAGAUGCUUUGGCCAGGACCCUCUACUCCCGCAUCAUGGACUUCAUCGUCAACUUGAUCAACACAAAGCUCUCCGUCACCAGGCUCGUCUUCGGUGACCCCUUUGCUAUAGGAAUACUGGACAUGUUUGGUUUCGAGGCAAAUGACCACAACACCUUGGAGAAUCUGCUUGUGAAUGUAGCCAACGAGCAGGUUCAGUACUUCUACAAUCAGUACGUCUUCAGCUGGGAAAUGCAAGACUACUCAGACGAGGGCAUCCCUGUGAAGAACUUCACAUUCCCCGACAACCGACACAUACUGGAACUGUUCCUUGCCAAGAGCAGUGGCUUCUUCUCCAUCUUGGAGGACGAGAGUCGCGAGAGUAUUGGCAGUGAUACCUCCCUGUCUUACAAACUGAAGCAAGGGGUCAACCAGAAGCAGAUGAUACAGGUGUCGGAGUUCACGUACGCCAUCUCACACUAUGUCGGACGUGUCAAGUACGAUCUCCAUGGCUUUGUCUACAAAAACCGUGACCACAUAUCUGCUGAAUUGGUUCAGACGAUGCGCAAGUCAGCCAACGACCACAUCCGUGGUAUGUUCUGCAACAAGUUAACUAAAACUGGCAACGUGACGGCGGAGACGGAGGAGCAUCAACAGAAGAAGAUGAAGGACAAAGGAGGAGCAGGCAAAACCGGCAGGAAGGAUUCCAGAAGGUUCAACACUAAGUCGAAGGGUCGCAUGUCUCAAACGCGCCACGUACAGACACUGGGCAUGAACUUCCGGUAUUCGCUGAUUGAGUUGCUCUACAAACUAACCAAUUCUCAGCCACACUUCCUCCGCUGCAUCCGCUCCAAUAUGGAUAACUCCAGCUCCGUCUUCGACCGUGACAUGAUCAAGCACCAGGUUAAAUACCAUGCCAUCUGCGACACCAUCAGGAUUCGCCAGCAAGGAUUCUCUCACAGGAUCCCUUAUCAGGAGUUCCUUCGAAGAUAUCAAUUCCUGGCAUUUGACUUCGAUGAGAUAGUAGAGGUGACAAAGGACAACGCGAGGCUGCUGCUGCUACGACUCAAGAUGGAGGGCUGGGCCAUCGGCAAGGACAAGGUCUUCAUUAAAUACUAUAAUGAGGAAUUCCUCUCCAGGUUGUACGAGUCGAGUGUAAAGAAGAUCGUAAAGAUUCAGGCCAUGAUGAGAGCCUACAUGCAGAGGAAGAAGAAGAAAGCUGGCCAGCUCAAACCUACAGAGAAAACUAAGCCCAAGGGACCCAUUAAGGAGAUGACCCAGGAGGAAGCCGCCACAAAGAUCCAAAGCAACUUCAGAGGGUAUAAAGUCCGCCAGGAGAACCCAGAAAUCGCCAAUAAGAUACGGGAGCGCCAGAAAUUUGGUGAAAAGACCUUAGAGGCAGAGGCGGCACGUUACGUCCAACACUACUUCAGGAGGUGGAAGAUGAGGACCCUUUUUCAGCAGCUCCAGAUCUACCGCGCAGACAAGACACAACAUCUCGUCUACUUCUCCCAACAGGUUCACUUGUACGGGCAGGAGAUGCAGGCGAGGCUGCAGCGGCUGAACCAUCGGCUGGACCUGGGUAAGGUACGCAAUGAGGCCCCAGGUGCUCACAAGACUAUCCUGGUGAGGGAGAAGAUUGCUCAGCCCAAGCUCGCCCUCGACCACAUGCUCAAUGCCUACUUUGACACCACCUUCCUCUGUGACCCCAGCAGGGCCAAGAAGGGGAGACAGCAAGAUGACGACUGGGAGGCUCCCUUCAAGUCUCGUGCAUCUGCUGCCCGCUCCGAAAACAUGGGUCUAGAGGAAAAGUUGGGAAAUAGUGGCCCCGGCAACAAAGAAAUAGCAGACACACCCAUGGAUGUCCGCUCCAAGACCGCUUUGUUUGACCAGGGUCAGAAUGCCAACACAUGCAGUGGUGUAGGUGGAGGAUCAUCGUCAUACAACAGGUUUGCGGGCAGCAGCAGUAACAGGCCGGCUUCCAGCUACAAUAAGUUUGCAGGAUCGAGCUACGUCCCCCCUGCUCCCUCUUACAACAGCGGUAGCUAUAUCAAAUCCCAAGCACCCAAGCCUUCCGUCGCCGUCAACUCCUGGAACGAGCGACAGCAUAAUGGUUACAGCGACAACAUGGACCCAGAGGACCAGGGCACCCAUGACUUUAGGAAGCAUCUCCGCAAGACUAACCGCUCGGCCAUAUUGGAGAUGGAGGCGAGGGCGGCGGCGUCCAGCGGUGGUGAUGAGGGAAAUCUCAACUUCCAGGGUAUAUUGCGCAAGACGAGCCACUCCCGCGAUAGCAUGAAGAGGAACCAGGAUGGAGCGUCCAGCUACGCCAAUGGUGACCAUGAUAUGCCCACCUCCCCCACCUUCUACGAGGAAACUGAGGAGGCCAUGCUCUAGGAUACUUAUCCUCACACACACACACAGGAGUAUCAUGCCAGGGCUGUGUUGUAUCUAAUAGAGCAGAACCUGGAGACUGUGUCAUUACAAGGUCAAAGGAAUCUAGAUGUGAAAUAAUAUCAAGGAAACAUUUUUCACUAUGAAAUUGAGGACCGAGAGGCCAUGUUAUAACAAGAAUAGGAGAAGUAGGAGGUCUUGCUGUAACAAAGAUAGUAGGGAUGGGAGGCAAUGGUAUAAGAAGGAUCGUCAGAUGAGAAACAAAUUGUUUUGAGGUGGAGGAGAGUGAAGGGCGACUUACAUUAAAGUUGACCCAUUUUCAUUCUGGCAUGAAAAAGGGAACACAGUAACUUGUUCAGUAGGGUGAGUUUGAUGAUAUGUUUAGAAAGUCUGUUUUAUGACUGAUCGAUUGACAGGUUAUGAUAGUAAUUGGCAGGCAGGAUCAAUUUGUAUAUAAGAAUUGUUACACGCAUGACACAGUAUAGUCAUGGCCCUUGGAAGCGUGAAAUUUUCAUAUCUACUUACUUGUGUCAUAACAGCGAGGUUGUUGAAACCAGUGUGAUUCAUGACUUGUAAAUGAGAGGCUACUAGGUCGAUAAUUUUUGUGAUCAGUAAACAAAGCACCAAGAAAUAUAGCCUCUGGUAUAUAUGUAGCCCAUAUUAUGUACCUAAAGUAAAGAAUCCCCUAAUCUAAACCAACUUAACCAAGGUACAACUAGCUACAGUAAGAUACAUUGGUUGGCAUUCUUAUUUGGACGCUUCAUUACCCAGGGUAUAGAUUUUAGGGUGGCAUGUGGCAUUUUUACCAAGGGCCUUCUUGUUCGGCAUUUUCUUUUCAGUGGCCUUAUGACCGGCACCCUAUGACAGCAAAGAAUUUAGGAAGAAAAAUGUAUUAAUAAUAGCACCUGUAUGUUCCAGCAUGAACAAGUGAUAAUAACAAUGUGUUAGAGGUAAAUAGUUAAGUAAGGUGGAUAAGGAGAAUUUCAUCUUUAUUUUACCCUUCACCUCAGAUUACAAUUAAGAGCUUUUGCUAGAUACUGUACUUCAAGUGAUACAAAGUUAGUUGCUUAACAAAUAGGGAAAAAAUUUUCAUAAAUGAAUUAUGGUUUUGGAUAGUGAUCAAUCUCAUUCGUUAUUUGGAAGAAUUAUAUAAUCUUCAUCAGUCUCAAAAAGUUAAGAUACACGUAAGAUUAAGUUAAAGACAAUAUAAGAUACAACACCGGAUUAAGGAACACAGGACUCCAGUGAUAUUUUAUCCUUUUCAAUCGGAGCUGACAGAUCAAAUGGACCCCAAUCCCAAUAGAUACCACCUCAACCUAACUAUUUGGAUUAGGGUUCAUUAGCCCUGGGCCUAAUCUGAAUAAUUAGGUUAGACUGGGGUCAAUUAAGACUGGGACCCAUUUGACUUAAAAUCAUAAACCGUGUAACCUUGUUUGCGAGUGCCACUGUACAACACCUGUAGUAAGACACAUGAUGUACCAUUGUCUUUGAGGGGCUGGAUCUGCUUAUUGUGUUUUGUAUUGACACAGUAGUUUCACAUCCAGAUCAUUUAUUAAGAAACAACUGUAUAAAUACAUUGAUUUACUUAUUUAUGUAUAUAAAGGCUUUCAAGUAGCAGAGUAUUUGAAGAAGUUUAACUUACAAAGGAAUAGAGAAUAAAUGUUUAUAAUACUGUAUUAUAUUCAUAACAAUCAUAAUUGUGAAACAGAUUAAUAAGACAACGAAAACCAGGAGAAUUUAUACAGUUGUACUCACAAAAUUAUAACUAAUAUACAGGGUAUUUAAUAGCUGUGGGUAUAUUUCAUGGGUUUAGACAAUUAUUUCACAGUUUAUAUGUACUGUAUUCUCUGUUAAUAUAGCAAAUUUCUGUAUUAUUCUGCAAAGUAGAUAUUUAUAUUGUGAAGGAAAUUAGAAAAAUUAUUAUAGAUUUUUAUUUUAAAUAAUUUAUUUACUUAGACAUAUAAUACUUAGAGACACAGGAAGAAUUAUUAUAUGUACUUAUGCUGUAUUUUUCAUUAUAUAUUAACCUGUAAAAAUAUACUAUUACCUGGAAUUUAUAUUUUUACUGAUAGCAUUUAAUUGUUGUAUAAGGUAGAAUAAGUACACUACAAUAUACUGUUCCUAAUAGGUAGCCCAAUUUUAGUCUUGGAUAAUGUGGUGGCAGAGACAGUAACCUUUAGUGACUGACAUAUGUAAGAAACAGACUCCACACUUUUGUAUUAAUGCAGUGCAGUACUGUAUUCACAUUAAUAUUUCUUUGCUGAUAAUUUCGGAAUAGACAAUAUAUGUUGCUGAUAGUAUAGCAAGAUCAACUUAUUUUUGCUGGUGUUACUGCAAGGUAAACAUACUGUAUAUAACUGGCACUGAGACCAACAUCAUUGCUAGUAAUAACUGAAGAUGAACUUGAAAUACAGUACAGUACUUGUAUGUCAUUAACAACAUUUGUUUCCCUGUAGUGUCCGCAGCUUGACACAUUUUGCUGGUCAAGAUAUUUAUCGUUUCAAUUAUUCCAUCAUAACAUAAUGUAAAUGUUGUGCUGUUAUUAUUGCUCCUUGUAGAUAAGAUUAUUUUAUUGUUAUGAAUUUAAAAAUCAAAUUACUUUUGUAACAUUAAGCUCUGCUUACGUGUAAUUAAAGUACAGUACUGUAUAAGCAGAAGCAGAUAGAAGUACGAGUACUGUUUACUGAUGUUAAUACAAGGUACUGUACAGAUAUUUUAGUUCUGUAUUACCUUAUACUGUAUCAGUGUUUGUAUACAAUAUAUAUUGUUAUUAUACAAUGAAUGGAUUGUUGUUGUCUUAUGAUCAGCAAUAUGUUUAGUUAUAGUACUGUAAUAAAACGUUUAUAUAAUUGAUAGUGUAUACUGCACUGUGAAAAGAAGUACGUAUAGUAAUAUAGUAUGUCCUCACACACAUAUAAUGUAAUUGUAUUACUGAAGUGAGUUCUGUAUAUGAAAACUAAAUUUAGAAUAUGAUUAGCAAUCGGUUGCCAGUGAAUUUUGCAUUCACAAUACUGUAAUCUUUCACAAGGCUCCUAGCAUUACUGUUAACCUGCCAUAAAGAUCCCUUCUUACAAGGAUUAUUCCUUGUAACACAAGAUGUAAGAACACAAAUACAGGGUAUGUUGUCCAAAAUUGCAUCAAAUUUACAUUUAAGAUUGCUAUAUAUUGAUUAAAGGUAGGAAAUGAAAUUAAAGAAGGGAACAUUUCCCAAGCGAUUCUGUACUGUACUUUGAGUUUAUCUCCCAGUUGGUGUUAUGUGAAUGUAUAAGGUAAGGUAGAGCUUUACGGUAGUGGAAAUUCGAUGGUGUUUUUGGAUGUUGGCUUUGAAUUUGAGUCAAACAGUCGGGUACAUGACUAAUAUUCAUUGCAGGAAGAUUUGUUAAUAUAGGCCUUGUCUUUAGCUGCUUCAUUUUAAACCACUUAAGUUUUAUGUGAACAGUAUGUGUUCAUAAUGCUAAUGUAGGUUGAUUGUAGACCAAGUCUCUUGUUGAAAUAUUGAUGAUAAUGUGUCUUUAAACUUGCUAAAUGAUCUAUUCAUAGGUAUUAUACUUACACACCGUGAACUUUAUUUAAUACUAAAUUUUGAUAAUACAGUUAAACUGCAGUUUUCACUUAGUGCAGUUUGGCAGUAAGUUUUUAUGGAUGUGUUCAUUUCUGUCAUCAAAUAGGGUAUUGAUAAUAAAUCCAAGAAGGACAUGCCAUCCUUAUACGACUUUGUGAAGGCGGUGCCCCGCAUAUACAGUGGCAGUGUACAAGUUUUAAAUGAUCAAUGGAGAGACUUAGAUGUGAUUGCUAUACCACCCGAGAUUAAGGACAGCAGUGGCAUAGUGGACGUUUAUACAAAACUGGGGGAACUUAAGGACGGUGUAGGUGUUUCCCAAUUUAAGGACCUUUGUACAUUUGCUUUGCAGGUAUUGUCUCUUCCAACAUCCAAUGCAGAUGCAGAGAGACUAUUUUCGAAAUUGAAUUUAAUGAAAACAAAAUCCAGAAACGCUCUGCAAACUCCCUCUAUUAAUUCAUUAAUAGCCUUGUCUGAGGCUGUGAAAUUCCAGGGUGGAUGUAUAAAUUUUACACCAAAUCAGAGGAUGCUAACUUCUAUUUGAUAUUUUUUGUUCAAUUAGUGUUUAAUGUUCCCAUGUUAUGUUAUAAUAUUAUAUGGUUGUAGGGUUUUUGUAUGUGCAUAUUUAUAGUUUGCCAAGACAUUACAAUAGUUAUACCUAAUA